UAGUUGCUAAUUGCUGCGUUGAGGUGUUAACGAUUAGGCUCGGCUUGUGUAGACCAAUUUCCUAGUUGUUAUCUUACUUUGAGUAGAUAAUGAAAAACUAUCUCAAAUUUAUGGAGGUGAUAGGCAAUCUUAAGCAUUUGAAACGAACAGGAUGGGUCCUGAGGAAAGUUCAAGAUUGUGAGACCGUUUCGAGUCACAUGUACAGAAUGGCUAUGAUGUCGUUCAUCUUACAAGACUGUCACGGAUUGGAUCGCAUUCGCGUGAUGGAAAUGUCACUUGUUCACGAUCUAGCGGAGGGCAUCGUCGGGGACAUCACCCCGUAUUGCGGAGUUCCCCGUGAAGAAAAGAUACUUCGAGAGUUUUCUGCAAUGACCGAAAUAGCAAACUUGUUAGGUCCAAAUAAGGACAAGGUGAUGGCUUUAUUCAAUGAAUACGAGGAAGGUCAGACUCCAGAGGCAAAGUUUGUGAAGGAUCUCGAUCGGCUUGAUAUGGUCAUGCAAGCAUAUGAAUACGAAAAGCGCGAUAGUUGUCCCAUGCACCUGCAAGAGUUCUUUGAUUCUACGGAAAACAAAUUUUCACACCCUCUGGUAGUUGACAUUGUGAACGCCAUAAAAGAGGAACGCACGAAACUGCCGGGGACAAGAGCAAUGAAUUGAAUGAAUGUCUUCAAUAA